AUGAGGGUCCUCUGCUUCAUUCAGGACGCUGUGAUUAACCUGAAGACACUACAGGAACUUUCUGCACAGCUUGGAUUUGAGUGGAGAGUUCUGGCGUGUGAGCUUGGGUUCUGCAGAGCGGAGAUAGGACGGUUCCAUGCCGGAUCUGCAGACAGGAUCGUGCAGGCCAGGACUAUGUUAGAGAGCUGGUAUGAACGGUCAUGGGACAAACCCAACAAGACCAAACUGCUUCAAGAUGGUCUGGAGAGAGCGGGCAGACGUGAUCUGGCUGAAAAACUGCACUGCCUCCACUGGGGUCACCAGAAGCUGAGCAAAAAGGUGGAGCUCCCCUCAGCUUUCCCCUUCAUCAUCACCGUCCACAAAACCAUCCGCAACCAGGACGCACUGCGAAGAAUCAACGACCUGAGCGGCAGAUUCACCUAAAGAUGGGAAAUACAAAGAAAACGGACUCUAUGGAGAAAAAUGAAGUGGAUAUGGCACAGUGUGUAACAAUUAUGUUCUUAAACUCUCGUUUAAAGUGAGUUCUAUUAUCUAACAUUUGGUGGAAACAGAAACAGCAUAAAAACCAGCAGCAUUGAGUUCAGUAAGGGAGUGAUUUUCUCAAGUGUAGUCAGAUCAAAGUUUGUCAAUGCGGUGCUAAAAAUACUGUACAUCACCCAAAAAUAGACCACAUCACACAAUCAGUACUAGAAUGGACUGUUUAUUUUCUUUUAACCAACAUAAAUUCAAUGCUGGAGCAAUUUUUAGAUCUAUAGACCAGGGCCGGAUACAAAUAGGGUAAAAGGGGACCGAUGCCCCCCAGCUACAAAUGCAGUGACUGACCCCCGAAAUGUGAUGGUCCACAAAAAUCAAAAAUUAUUUGGGUGUUCCAUCUACAGACUGUGGUAACUUCUCAAAACCAGCUGACUCUCAUUCAUCUUUCAAUUCAGGCAAUGUGACGGGUACCUGUAGAGGACAAUAUAAGAUACUAUUUACCUCAUGGCAACCAAGAAUUACUUAAAUUAUGAUGUUAGAAUGAUUAAAAAUGGCUCAUUUAGCUUAGAAUUAGGCAACAAAGGACGAACAAAAGAUUUUAUAAAAGUGCAGGGUUGUUUCCUGCAAAAAAGUAAUAGUACGAGAUUUAAAGUUGUCAAUUUAUUACUUUUUAUUGUAAAUUUAUGUGUUUUAAAGUCGUAGAUUUACAAGUUUUAGAGUCAUAAUUUUACUACUUUGAAACAAAUAAAUUUAUGAGAAAGAAGUCAGAAAUGUAGGCUUAGACUUUUACAGUCAUAAUGAUUUUAUUGUUAUAAUUUACCGGUUAUGAGUUUCUUUCUCGCAAAUUUACAACUUUAAAAUCCUGAAUAAUUUUUUUUUUGCUUGUAAAAUGACCCAAAUACUCUGUUGACUCAAAAUUAUUGUUAAUAUUUUAGAAGCAAAACGUUUGCGGCAUGAUUAUAACUAAAAACAGUUUAUAUUCAUACAUAUAUUUUUUAAUGUCUAACAUUACAUCUAAACCAAAAAAGAAUGGGCUUUUUUUAAAAA